GGAGCUGCAUAUGACCGCGGUCUUCUGCGCCGGCAGGCUGCACCAGCUGGAGGCGCAGAGGCUGCGUGGGUCACCAGGCUGUCCGGCCUGCGGGAGUCCCUCAGCGGCCUGCUCGCGGACGCCGCGGCCGCCGGGGAGGAGCCCAUGGUGUUCCGGGGUUUCGAGGUGUUCCGGGGCAACCUCCUGGUGGCCCGGUUCAAGGCUUCGGGCGCCCUCUCGAGGCUGCGCAGGGCCGCGUGGCAAGAGUUCAAGCAGCAGGGCGCUGCGUUCCCGGACGCCCUCUGGCCUCUCGGUGCCUCACGUGGCGCUCGGCAAGAUGAAGGCGACGCGCGCGCAGGUGGCCAAGAUGGCGCUCGGCGAGUCCCUCGCCCCGCUGGCGCCGCAGCAUCCUGCCCGGCCACGUGGCCUGACGCUGCUGGGAGCGCCGCCGCAGG